AUAGUUUUCCUCUUCUGGUCCUCUUCAAGUCUCAUCUUGUCUGGAAAAAGCGGCCGAGCAGAUCUCUCUGCGGGGUGACGAGGAGAGAGCAUGGUGCUGCUGCUGAGCAGUCUUACAUACUGAGAGAGAGAGAGAGAGUCAAGAGAGAAGGUUGUCGAGGUUUUGGGCACUCAUGCGUUGAGUUUUGAGUUUUGACCUCUCAAGCGUUGAGUAUAAUUUCGUCUCGGAGCGCAGUUUCUCUGGUGUAUCUCCAUUGUCAGCUGCUCCGCCAGUGUCAAAGCUACCGGCCGGCCAGAUCAUUCCAGACUGCAUCGCUGCUGCCGGGGUGGGUGUUGGAGAGUCGGUUGGCAUUCGAAAGUCGAGCCAAGAGUUUGAAUUCUGAGUGUGCCGUCGUCGGUUCGCCAUUUUGCGGUUUCGUUCUGCAUCUUAUCCUUCUUCAUCGUGUCUGUGUUGUGGAGUUCUGUUCUCAGACUUUUCAAAGGCCGCCGCUCAGCUUGUGCUUGUGCUUGCAACUGGGUCGCUUCCACGGGUCCGCAGUAAUUGCUGGAAUUCUGCGAGAUUUUGAUUCUAGCUUGUGAUUGCCGGGAGAAGUUGACUUCAGACCCUUGCGAAGACAUAGCAGCCAUGUCUCAUGAUGAUAACAAACGAGGCCGCCUUCCUCGCCGAGGAGAUGUGAAGGCACAGAUUGCAACCAACAUCGUCAAUUCCAUUGCCGGGAUCAUAAAGACUCAUCGAUCCCGCAGCGCUUCUCCAGCGACCCCACCGCUGGAGUCCGAGGAGAAUGUUUGGCCUGCCGACCCUGUUUCUGGCUCGUUGCUCUCGCCGCUCUUGGUGAAGAACCAACAAUGACAUGUGUCCACACGACAACUUGAUGAUGCUGAUGAAGAUGCGGGCACCUGGACCUGCCGCAAGGAAGAACGUCGAAGCUAGGAUCCUGCUGUUCGUGUGCUGGACGAGAUUAUCCACUGACGACCUCCAAAAAAAUAGACUAUUCAUUUCGUGGAGGGUCUCUUUCUGCACAAAAGAUUUGCCUGCAGAUUAGUGAAUUCGAUGAAGGAAAUGAUUGACAGAAUUUUCCAUUUGGAGUUGUCCAUAACUAUCUCUCGUUGUAGAUUUGUCAUAUGUGUACGUGUAGAUUGUGUGUAAAUGGGAAGGUAGAGGGGACUUCUGAUUAUGUGACAUUGUAUAUUGACACUCUUCUCUCUAAUAAAGAGUUCCAAGUAACCUUGGGCUUU